GUGCCCUUGGGGAGAAGAUCUACUCAUUGAUUUUGUACCAAACUUGACAAAGCCUCAGUUGUCAAAGGUGGUACCAGGAAGAUGUCACACAUGGGAGAAAAACUGUUCCUAGAGCAAAUGAUGAUGAGACAUAUGAAGGUGAAUGCAUACUUGUGCCCACACAUGGGUGCUUUGUGGGAGACUCAGAAGUCUGUGAAAGAGAGCACCCAUCAGAGUAAGAAAUCCAACCCAAAGAGGGACAGUCUUGGGCCUGAGAGCGCUCGCCAGCACUUCCGGAGUUUCUGUUAUUAUGAAGAACGUGGACCGCUCGAAGCUGUCAGCCAUCUUCAGGAAUUAUGCAAUCAGUGGCUAAGGCCAGAGAUUCAUUCAAAGGAACAGAUCUUGGAACUGCUGGUGCUAGAGCAGUUCCUGACCAUUCUGCCCAGGGAGACCCAGAACUGGGUGCAGAAGUAUCAUCCACAGAGCAUCAGAGAGGCUGUGGCCCUGGUGAAAGGCUUCCAGAGAGAACCUGGUGGAAUAAGUAAUAAGGUCACAGUCCAUGACUUGGGAAAAGAGACAGUACUCUUGGGAGGAAAAGCAGUGGCCCCAGGAUUUAAGCGGAAGUCAGCAGAGCCCCAACCAAUGGGUGAGUUCCAGAAAGAAUAUUGGAAUACAAACCGGGUACUGCAAGAACAGCUUGGCUGGAAUACUCACAAAGAAACCCAGCCUGUGUGUGAAAGAGCUCUGCCUGCUCAACAGAUUGUAGCCUUUUCUGAGCAGAAAAGCACCCAAAACUGGAAAAUGCCAUCUGAGCCCAUCUUGCCUGAGUCCCAGAGUUUGUUGACAUUUGAAGAUGUGGCUGUGUCUUUUACCGAGGAGGAAUGGAAAUUAAUGAACAUUACUCAGAGGAUCCUCUACAAUGAUGUAAUGCAGGAAACCUAUGAGACUGUCAUCUCUCUAGGGCUAAAGCUUAAAAAUGAAACAGGAAAUGACCAAAUUAUAUCUACUUCUACAUUAGAAAUGCAAACAUCAGGAUGCAAAAUAUUAAGAAAGGCCAGAAUGAAAGUUGCCCAGAAAACAACUGGCAAAGAAAAUCAAGGUGGUACACACAAGGUACAGAAACGGCCUAGAGCUUUUCCAGGAAAGAAAAAAACGAAACUUUCAACUUGUAAACAAGAGCUUCCAAAACAUAUGGAUCUUCACAGGAAAGGCCAUGCAGGAGAGAAACCUUUUAAAUGUCAGGAAUGUGAGAAAGGCUUCAGAGUUAGCUCUGACCUUAUUAAGCACCAGAGAAUUCACACUGAAGAGAAACCGUAUAAAUGUCACCAAUGUGAUAAAAGGUUUAGAUGGAGUUCAGAUCUUAAUAAGCACUUAAUGGCACACCAAGGUAUAAAACCAUAUAGAUGCUCAUGGUGUGGGAAAAGCUUCAGUCAUAACACAAACCUACACACACACCUAAGAAUUCACACAGGAGAGAAGCCCUUUAAAUGUCAUGAAUGUGGGAAAAGAUUCAUUCAGAACUCACACCUCAUUAAACACCAGAGAACCCACACAGGUGAGCAGCCUUUUUCCUGUGGCAUAUGCAGGAGAAAAUUCAGCAGGCGCUCAAGCCUUGUUAGACACCAGAAGCUCCACAGGAGAAUGGAGUCGUGUCCAGUGCCUCCAGUCUGAAGAAAGUCACUGUAUGGAGCUUGGCCCUCAGAGGUGAUGAAAGAGUACAAAAUUUUGAGGCACCUGAUAAUGGGAGUUUGUCAUCAACAGACAAUUUGGGAGGGGUUCAUGUCAUGAUUCACAUAAAGGAAUGUAAGCUGUCUCUUAUUCAGCAUUUUAUCUUCAGUGCCUGGCACAAGACUGAUGUAUGAGUACUUUAUAAAUAAAAGAAUGAGAAUAUAGCUAUCAUAUAUCUAUAGUUAUCUAUA